AUGUCAAGUGUUUAGCAACUUAACUAAAGUUAGACUCCAGACAAGAAAGUGUAAUAAGUGAAUCCUAUUCUGGAAGAUCUGCAAAGAUAUCUUGCUGAAUUAAAAAAUUAUUCGUUGUAGAAGUUUUGCACAGUCAAUUCUUAUAUAGAUGCGAUGGAUAGUCGUAAUUAAUGGUGUGUUGGUAAAAUCAUUAGCAUUGAUCAGAAAGGCAUGAUGGACAUUCGUUUUGAUGGUUGGUCUGACAAGUAUAUAGAGAAAAUAUUUAUUAAUUCUCGCAAAAUUGAUUCUUUUAGGAAGUACACUUUUCCAUAUACAGGAGCUAUAAAAUCAACUACAAGAGAUGAUUUGACUAUCGAAAAAAUGAGAGAAGAAUCAAACGCAUAAAUUGAGGAAUUGAGUCUUUUGGAAAACGAUGAUUUCAAUAUUUAAAACGUGAAUACUUUUAUACAAAACUUCAGAGGGAGAUACUUCUUUUUAGCAGACUAUAUUUUGAGCAUUAAUAAAAGUUUCUAGGAUAAUGACAUUCAAUAGUUUAUAGAAUUCUUUUAAAUAUAUAUCAAGGUCUUUAUAAAGUAUAUUAAAUUGCUGCCAUAGUCACUUCCUACUUAUAUUGAAGCAAUUAAUUUGAAUAAAAAUCUUUUUUUGGUACACCCAAAAGUCGCUUUGGUUAGUGGAUUUCCAGAAAUAUUCUAUUUGAUGAACUCUUUGUUUGGAGGAGAAUAAAGAUGUAUGAAAUUCUUUAGAUAAAAUAGAUUCGAGUUUUAAACACACCAAGAUCCUUUUGCCAUCAAAAGCAAAGAUGGUUUAGCACCCCAUUAAGAUCAGAUUUUGAACUUUAUUAAUUAUUUUGGAAUACAAUUCGGAUUUGAUAAUUUAUUCGAUUUAAUUUCUUGGGAAACUAAGGUAGGUCAAGAUGUUGUCUAUUAAACUCCUAUCCCUAUAAUUAAAUGCAUAGUGGAUAUAUUUGUUAGAUGCCUUAUCUACAUGCCAUCUAAAAAGCAAAUUCAUUUUGCAAAUAACUUGAAAAAAAGAAUAUUUGAUAGGUUCAAUAAGAUCUCAGAUAGAGAAUUAAAAGAUAUAGAUAUUAUUAAGGUUAAAAGCACCAUUAAUUAGCUAGGUGAAUGUCUUGUUAAUAUUUUAGGAAAUUAAAUCUACGAAGAAGCAGAGAAAUUAGAAAUUAAGUGCAUUAUCAAGCUUAUUAAGUGUCCAUUUUUAGAAAAAAAAAUUUUAGGAGUUUUGCAAUUUAGGGAAAUUAUAAGCAGAGCUAGUGCAAAUAACAAGUAGUAUUACUCUAAGGAUAUAUAUCCUUAUUAAUAUUUUGACAAAUAGAAACUCAAGGAAUAUUUAGAAUAAGAAAAUUUACUUGACUUUUUUUUGGGAGAGAAUUUCCAUCCUGAAAUAUUUAAAAGAUCAAUAGAAAUAUUAACCUUUUUAAGUGAAGAAAAUGCCUUGCUACCUAAACACAUUGAACAAAUUUGGAAGCUUACAGAAAAUAAGCAUGAAGCUGACUUAGCAGCUAUAUACUCAGUCAUUAUAGAAUUAUCUAAGAUUUUAUAAGAAUAAAGCCUUAAUCAGUUAUAUAAAUACAUUAAUUCAAUUCCAUUCGAUCAAUACACUGAAUUAACAAUUAAUUUAGUCAAGGAAUUUACAUUAAACGCUACCUCUUCUAUGAAUUUUUCAUAAUAAUCCAAAAAUCAAUUCUGGAAAAAUAAGAGCAUCGUUUUGUCACAAGAAUUCCCAAAUUUUGGUUUGCCAAAAUUAUGGGGUUGCAUCUAAGAUAGCAACAAAGUUAGUAAUUAACUAGUUUCUACCUGUGUUGAGUCGCUCAGUGAGCUUUUCAAGUCAAACUAUUUCUCGUCAAAUAAAGAACAAUACUUAUAACUUUGCUUUGAUAAUCUUAAGAAUGGAACAAGCGUACCUCAAAGCCUUCAGCUAGCUAUAUUUUUAAUAAAAACUUACUCCUCUAAUUCUUCCUUCUUAGGAGUAGGAGAUCUAAAUUCAGAAUCCAUCACUUAAAAAUACAACAAAGACUACAAUUUUAUGGAAGCAAUAGUUAAAGACUUUGAGAAUUACAUGAGACAAGUACUAUAAAAGAUUAAAAAGACAGGAGUGAUAUUAGAUGAGAAACAAGGAGAGGAAGUAUUCAUUGGAAAGUAUGGCCACAUUUAAAAUAUUGACAUCAGAUUAGAUUUCAUAUCGUUGAUAAAUAAAUAUCUCUCUAGUAAAUAAAAAGAUAUCACCAUCGAACAGCUUAAAAAGCUUUGGAAAAUCUUAGUGAGAAGCAGCAUAACAAACAUAGAAAAAAAUAAAUUUUUAACUUGGUUAAUUAAAAAAAAGUAGAUUAAUAAUGAAAAUAGCAAUAAUGGUAAAAAUGUGGCAUCUAGUUUGCUUGAUGAGAAUUUGCUGUCUUAAGCACUUGAUUAAAUCUUUUGUGAUAAAGAGUUAAUGAACGGUUUCCAAAUAGAUAAGGAAAUUUUCGACUGCUUAAAAAACAUUUUCUAGAUGGUUAACUUAAAGAAUAAAUCAAUAGAGCUUAAUAAUUAAUACCUCAUUUUAAUUAAUAAAUAUGAUCAAAUUGUAGGCAAGGAAGUUUUUUGGAAUUUAUCCUUAUUCUGCAUUGAUCCUUAGGUCCUAGAAGAAGUAAGAUAACUCCUAGUUAACAUCCACUUGAGAAAAACUCUAAAGUCCUAAGAAACAAAACCUAAAAUGUGGGUAAAAUUCACUGACAAGUGCUACGAAAUUCUCAGCUAGACAAAAUCUCCUUAAGUUCAGUCCCAUAUUGUUUUAAUGAUAAAGAUUUUCCUACAAGAAAUUGAAGGUAAAAUGCUUUUCGGCGACAGAAGAUAAGAAAUGAAUAUUGUUGUUACUUUGCUCAACCAAAAUAAUAAUGUAUAAAAGAGAGCUACAUUGAAAUUAUAAAGCAAUAUUAGUAUUUUAAAGUUAAGAAAAGAAAUUUCAAGAGAAUUCAAGUUGAUUAACAAAGAUUUUGAAAUGCUAUUUUCAAAUAAGAAUAUCUUACUCUCUAAAAUUCAUGAAGAAGAAUAUUCAAUAGAUGCUCUUAAUACAAACGAUGAUAAACCUCCUCACAUUAUUGUUCAAAACGUCAAAGACAUUAACUAAGAUUUAAUAGACCUCAGUUAAUUCAAGUUUAAUUUGGCAAAUUCUCAAUUUGCAGAUAUUUUAUUAGAAUUUCUCUCAACUGGAUAAAGUGAUGAGAUCGUUAACAACGCAUGGGAUAUUCUAAACCUGAUUCCAAAGAAUAAUUAAAUAGUCAAAAAGUUGUAAUCUAUCGAAACCGAAGAAUUAAAUCCUUCUUCUUGGAAUUUACUCCUGCCAUCUAAUUGCUUCAGAAAGCUUUAAUAUUUCUUUUAAAUUAUCACUCAAGAAUUCUUAAUGGCAGGUAGCGAUGGAAAUUUAAAAAGAGACUAAGAUCAAUGGUGUCAAGCUUUUAUAUUAAAGGGAGGAUUGAAGCACAUUCUUACUAUUUACUUGAACUUAUGCAGUGAAACUAAUUUUGAUAAACCUUUCAACUUGUAUUGCAUUUCCACUUUAGUUGAGAUUAUAGGAGCCCUAAUGAGACUUUAUUAUAACUAAUUCCCAAAAGAGUUUUUAAUAGAAAGUUAGAAAGUUACUUCAUAGAAUGAAUUCCUUAAUGCUCUUGUUCAGAGAACGAUUAACUAUAUUGGAUUUGGCUUAAAAAAGAGUGAUUAAUUUUUCUCUCCUUUUGGCAGCAGCUCUCUUUCUAUGUCAUAGAGUCUUAGCUAAUUAGCUUCUUCUAUUAUUAUUAAUGGUAACAGAAUUGUUAAUGAUCAAAAUCUUUCAGUCAAUAGGCUUUUGGUAUAAAAUUACUUACUUUCUUUCUUCAGAGGAGCUUUUGAACUUAUUUCUCUUUGCUUUGAGCAAGAUGAGUCUUUGAUAAAAACAUAUUUGCAUGAAUAAUCUAAAAAUUUUGAUCCUAUCUUUUAAGGAUUAUUGAUCUUAGAUGAUGAUCAGAUCAGAAAUCAAUUAUAAAACUCACUUGUUAAAGUUAUAGAUUUAGAUUCUACUAACUAGGCUCAUAUCAUUUUUGAGAAUAACUUGAGUAAGAUAAUCUAGUCUAAGCAUGAUCAAAUCUAAAAUGAAUACAGAUCAAAAUGCUAUGAAUUCUUCUAGCUUUAUUAAAAAGUUCUCCAACACCUUGAGGACAAGAGGUUGAUUGGAACCACAGUUAAUCCUAAAUCAUUCACUUAAACUAUGCAAACUAUUAUAAGUCUAAUUGACACUUGUAAUCCAUAUGAAAAAACCAGAUAAGAUGUGGAUGGUAUGUUGAGAGGAGCUUUCUAAUGUUUACAAUAAUUAAUUUAAAUGGAUUCCCUUCUAGCUUAAGUUGUCAUUAAAAAUGAAAAAUUGAUUUAAAAAAUAAUCUAUGAUUGCUUGUUCUCAAUAAAAUCAGAUGAAAAUCCAUAUGCUCCAAAAUGUAAGUCAAGACAAAGCAGAUUAAGUGCCUUUUCAUUCUUAGUCACUCUCUAAAAUUCAAUAAUUCAACAAUAGAUAGAAGAGAAAGAUAUAGUUAACGAGGAAUUUGAUGCAAAUUAAUAAAUCAAUCAGUUCUUUGUAAAUGCUCAUUGGAGAACAAAAUCAAAAGGAGAUUGGAGCAUCAAAGAAGAAUAAGAAAAAGAAGAAAACUGUCCUAUUGGUUUAAGAAACUUAGGUUGCACUUGUUAUAUGAAUUCUCUCAUAUAAUAACUAUUCAUGAUAAGAGAAUUCUCUGAUAGUCUUUAAAAGGUAGAUGCUUCAACAAGCGAAAAAGAAUAUAAUUCUAAAGAAAAUGUUCUUUACUAGGUUUAACAAAUAUUCAGUGCCUUGAGCUACUCUUAACGCUAAUACUAUGAUCCAAGAGAUUUUUGUUAAGCAUUUAAAGAUUUAGAUGGUUAACCUACUAAUGUCUUUUAACAGAUGGAUGUUGAUGAAUUCUUCAACACUUUAAUGGAUCGCCUUGAAACAUUGUUAAAACCCUCUAAAAAUGAUUUCAUCAUUAAAAAUAUUUUUGAAGGAUAACUUGCAAAUGAAUUAAUUGGAAAGGGUGGCGGAUGCACACACAAUUCUGAGAGAGAAGAGUCCUUCCUAGCUAUCAGCUUACCUGCAAAAAGCAAAAAAACCUUGUAUGAAUGCCUUUAAAGUUUUGUACAAGGAGAAAUGCUAGACGGAGACAAUUCUUAUUUCUGUGAGAAAUGCGAUAAGAAAGUACCCACAUUGAAGCGUUAAUCAAUAAAAAAACUACCAAAUUAACUUAUAAUUGUUUUAAAACGUUUCCAUUUUGACUUGGAUGUCAUGCAGAAAAUAAAAAUUAACUCAUACUGCGAGUUUCCCGAUAAACUAAAUUUAAAGUAGUACUCUUAGGCUUAUUUGAAAUAGAAAGAUUUGGAAGAAGACCUCAACUAGUAAAAUGAAUAAGGAGAUGCCAGUUCAAAGUAAAGUGAUAUUAAAAAAAUAGAUGGACAAGAAGAUAACAUUUAAGAUUAACUAUCCGAGUUGUUCCCUGAUGAUUAUUAUAAGUAUAACUUAAAAGGAGUUGUUAUCCACUAAGGCACUUCAGAUAGUGGUCAUUACUACAGCUUAAUUAAAUAAUAAGAUGAAAAGUGGCUUGAAUUUAAUGACACUGUCGUCAGACCUUUCGAUAUUAAUGAUUUACCUUCUGAAGCAUUCGGAGGAGAGUCUGACUUGUAAUUCAACAAUGGAAAUCAAUCCAUGAAUCUCAAUAAUAAAAUGCAAAACACAAACAACAAAAAUGCCUAUUUGCUAUUUUAUGAAAGAGAUGUAUUCUUUGAUAACGAAGGCAAGCCCAUUCCAUCUAUCCUUGACUAAAACCUCAUACAAAAUCCUACCAACUUAACUAAAGAAAACAUUGUUUUAGAAAACAAAAAGUUGCACUUAAACAAAUAUUUAUUCUCCCAUGAGAUGAUUGAGUAUACUUAAAAACUCUUGGAAAUAAUAGACCCUGACAACUAAACUGAUUAUUCAAAUAAACUUUGCAAGUUCUUGAUCAAAUAUUACUUCUUCUGCAGACAGAGAUAAAAUGAUAAAAAAGAAUUCCCCAAUUUUAGAAAAAAAUUAGGUGAGAUAUUGAGCAAGAACUAUAAUUUAAGCACUUGGCUUAUUUACAACGCCUCUAAUGAAAGCUUUAUAAAAGAAAAUUUCUUAGACUCACAACAUGACGAAAUGAAAUAUUUGAGUGCUGGUUUGAUAAUCGAAGCAAUUAAUUGUGUUUGUGCAUAAGAAAAUAACCUUCCUUAUGAAACUUUUAUAAAAAAGAGUGUUAUUGUCUACUUCCUCAAUAUUUCGAUUUAUAUCCUGCACACUCAAUCUCCAACAGAUAUAAAAGUAUUAGAUUAAUUCUACAGAAUGUUGUGUAGGGUGGCUGAAGUUUCUAAGAACUCCAGAUAGUAUUUGCUAAAAUAAAAAAUGGUUGGAAGAUUAUAAGCUGGAUUUAUGGGAACAAGAUAGACUGCUAAUGGUUACUAGGACAUAAAUAACUAUAAGUAGUAAGGCCAAGCAGAAAAUAGUGAAUUUGGUCUGGAUCUAUAAGUUGAAUAGGAAAAAUCUUAGAAAAUAUAAUCCAUUGAUGAGAUUUUAGAAGGUAAAGAGAGAAACAAAAGGUUAAACUAGCUCUAGAAAAAUGUAUCUUAUUUAGUUAAAAUGCAUUCGAUUCUUGUUAGAAGUGUUUCUCCUUUUAUAAAUUGUUAAAUACCAGAAAAUACUUAUUUAGCUCUUCCUAGGAUAGAUCAUGCAUUAGACAGUGAUGAAAUUGAAACUUUCAAGCAACAAGCUUUUGUCAAAUUUAUAUUUAAUUAGAACAUCUAAUAUAAAAAGAUGGUACGUAAUUAUCUUGCAUAGACAUAUGCUUACUUAACAGCUGAAAAUCCAUAACUAACAAAAGACCUUAUGGAUAAUAUGUACGCAAUCUUUAAUGAUUAUAGGUUUGAUGACAUAAGCAUCAAAUUUUACUUUAUAUUCCUUAAGCAUUUCCUUCUUAUUAAUGAUUCUCAAGAAAAGAAAAGAGCGAUUUUAGUUAAGCAAAAAAUAUAGAGUUUCAUUUCACAAAAUUACAAAUUUUUUUAUGCUGCUCAAAUUUGCAUAGAUAGCAUGAUAAAACUAAGCACACUCUCUAAAAACUUUGCUUAAGAAAUGUCUAAAGAGAUAUAAGAAAACAAAGAUUUAGCAAGAUGCUUCGAUUACUUCCUAAGAGAAUCAAGCAACAUAUACAAUGCCUUGAACAAUAAUAGCAUGGCCCUCUUCAAAGAUAACAGACAAUACAAUUUAAAUAUUUAAGCAAUUUAGAAAUAUCAACAAAAUAUUAAAUCUUAAAAUAAUUUGAGAAGACAAAAAAUUUAAAACUUACAAACCUUAUGCAACUAGCCUCUUGAAUAUGAUUCAGAUGAUGACUAUGCAGAGAAGACUGUUAAAAUUAAUGAUAGAGUUGACUACAGAUAAAAUGGAGAGAUCAAUUCUUUUGUUGUAGUAGAUUCUAUGGUUGACAUGUUCUAAAUAACAAGUGAAAAGGAAGCAAAUUACUUUAGAUGGGUAAAGUAUGAUGACGAUUCGCUCCUUGAACCAAUAAAGGCUUAAAAAUAUUACUAAUAUUACUAUGAUUAUUUGCAUUUCUGA